CAGUCCUAUUCAUUUGUGAGAUCCGACUUUCUUGGUCCCUCUCCACCUGCAAAGAUCUUCAUUGACAAGUACAUUGCCUAUCGGUUCCCCAGUAUCCAGACGAGCUCGGCCGUUUUAGCGCCAACGGUGUCGAGAUCAAAGCCGAGGGCAGGAAGUCCGUCUAAGCCGUCAAAAUUUGGCUCGACUGCUCCAGCUCCCACAUCGGGUCCCGCAGAGGGCCCAAUGUUUCGUUCUGAAUCCUCCAAUGGUCUGAGAGAAAAUCUAGAGAACGCCUUCGGUCCCCAUGCGAAGAUGUACAUGAAGAAUCAAGCUGCUGAUCAGGAUCUGUUUGGUCGUUAUUCUUCCAGCGGUUCUGGAUCCAGCACACCGCAUCAGAGACAUCACGUUCAAGCUCAUGAAGGUGCACGAGCUGGAGGACGGUUGACAGUACAUCAUGUUCCGCCCAAAUCAUCCGAGGCGAGCGGGAGCGGGAGCGGGAGUGGGAGUGGGACUGGUGGGACUGGCUUUGCUGAUUUUGGAAAGAAAGAAGGCUCAGAAGACAGGAUAUGGGACAUGCCGAGAAGUAAAGAUGUGAAGCGUCUGGAGGAGAUCAGGGAGAAAUUAUUAGCCGUUCAAGAGGGGAAUGGAAAGGUGCAAGCAAAGCCAUAUCCUGAGUGCUUCUGCCAGGCCCGAAACCACCCGCUGUCCAGCUACACUCCGAUCUGCCAACAUUGCGGUCUCGUCGUGUGUUCCCUCCACUCAGUCUAUUUGCCCUGCCCUUCCUGUCAAAACCUUCUUUUCUCCCCAGCCCAGCUCGCUCGUAUCCUCCUCACGAUUGAAAUGGAUAUCAAAACGCAACUCGCUAUUGAAAAAGCCGAACGUGAUGCAAUAGAGAGAGAACGUCAAGAACGUCUCGUGGCUGAAUCAGGAGGCGGCGCAUUUCCUACUUUGAAUGGUGGUCCCCCUCGUCCGACUCCCGUUCCUGCUGCUUUACCAGCUCAAGAACGUCGUGUCUUGACGUUGGGUAAAGGUAAAGGUGGAAAGGGAAGAGGACGAGCGACACUCACUACCACGACCAUUCGACCUAUCGCUAGUCCGUCCACGACACCUGGUGAACCUGUGACGCCUCCACCGGAUGAUAUAUACCCGAGACCUAGAUCUCCGCCAUUGGACAUUGUUCGCGUUGCAAAAGAGCUCGGCAGGGUCAUGCAGUGGAGAGAAGAAGAAGAUCGACCUUGGGGAAAGUUGAAGGCCGACAAGGGAGGUGGUGCACCUUUGGCAUAUGUCGAGUUGCCUAUUGAGCAUUUCAUAGAGGAUCAUGUGGAAGGAAGGCGGAAAGCUGCGAAGAAGAAAAAGGAAGGGAGAGGUGUGGAUGGGAGGGUAGUUCCUGGAGCAGCAGCGGCGUAAUCGACUUCAUUUUGCACCUCCUGCAUGUAGUAACGAUUGGGAUAUCGCUGCGGAGACAGU